UCUGAGAAAACACUCCAACAUAUUUAUUCUCAGAAUUUGUAAGGCUUAAUAUUCAUACAAGUAAAUCCAAAAAUGUUACGACUUUGUCGAUCAUUAGUCAUCCAGUGCGGACGCCGUUGUCACUGCACCUUAUCCAAUCCAAAGACACAUGUCCACACGGUCGAGGAGGUGGAGGAGGAGCUGCCCCAGAAGAAACUCAGCGAUCGUUACUUAAGGUUCCGGGAAAUGUUGCGAUCGAAUGCACCUCUAGGUCCCUUGCCCGAAGCUCCACCACAUCCGGCCCACGAAAAGGAGCCCCUGGUGCCCUGGCCCAAGGGCAUCAAUCCUCAUACGGGGGAAGUCGGAGGACCUGCGGGACCCGAACCCACGCGCUAUGGCGACUGGGAGCGCAAGGGACGGGUCACGGACUUCUAGUAUCUCCAAGUCGACACCUUUGUUUGGACAAUUCUGAUUUAUUGACCGUGUUAACAACAGAAGCACUCACAAUUGGUUACACUCACGAUAUGAGUCUGCGCCACGGUAGCCCUGAAAUCCAGAUCAAGAUGAAGUAAAUCAAGAUUUCCCCAACACCCGGUGUAAGAGCGCUUCUGCGAAGGCAUUACAUAAAUUUCUAUUGUGUGAUUUCUUUGUGGUUUCCGUGGAGGGGAUUUAUGCUGGGCCUGCCAUCAAAAAUAAAUUGAUAGCCCUUUCUCUGGCUCCGCGAAGGGGUUCUCAGAAUAGAGA